AUGUCCAUUGUUGGUCCAAGGAUCCCAAAACUGUGCCCUCGAAUGCAUGCAGUAACUUGGGGAUCAAGAGUCAACCAUUUACAGCAACUAGAAUUGGCCAUGAUCCACGUAAUAGUAGUUAGACCUAGAGAGGAGGUUAGUGGUGGGGGCGCCGUAGCCCCACCACAAGCCGGAGUUUUGAACCACUUCUGUAGUAAUUUCGGCCUUCUUGGAGCUCUUUUCAUGGCCAUGACUGCUGAUGAUCAGUGGAUCUUUGAUCUGGUCAUGGCCGGAAAUUCAAUUCACCCUGAUCGAGCAAAUCAUCGUGCACGGACUGGAUUUUCUUAA